CUCCCGGCAGCACAAACGCGUCAACUGUCCGGAAAUAAAAACUACUUGCGGAAAAGGGAACAUGGAAGCGGCAGUGUUCAUUUUGUCUCUUGUGGAUUGUUGUGCGCUGAUUUUCCUCUCCGUUUACUUCAUUAUAACCUUGUCUGACCUAGAAUGUGACUACAUCAAUGCUAGAGCCUGCUGUUCCAAGCUGAACAAAUGGGUAAUUCCAGAGAUGGUUGCCCAGUGUCUUUCCACCAUGCUCAUGUUGGUCUCGAUGCACUGGUUCAUCCUCCUCCUCAACCUGCCUGUAGCAGCCUGGAACAUUUACAGGUACUUGAAGGUUCCAAUGGGGAACAUGGGAGUGUUUGACCCAACGGAGAUCCACAACCGAGGUCUGCUCAAGUCUCACAUGAAGGAGGCCAUGAUCAAACUGGGUUACCACCUGCUCUGCUUCUUCAUCUAUUUGUACAGCAUGAUCCUGGCUUUGAUCAACGACUGAGCCCGGAGCAGGCCACGGACUUCAGCUGCCAAAUUCCAGACUGCAGGCUUUGCUGCGUCCCCCUCACAUCCUGUGCUCCUGUACUGUAUGCAUUUAAUGUCUCAGAACAACUAUUACAUUUUUUGUAUUGAAUUCCAGAGUUUGACUUUGCCACAUGAAUAUGGUUAAUAUUUAACCUUUCAAAGAUCCACCUUCAUAGCCUCCAACAGAAAGCUCGUCUGCACUGUGAAAAACAAUCAUUUAUUUUUGAACCUCUGUUUAACACAAAGUCAUUACAACCUCAACAGCUGAUAGACGUUUGCAGUAUGUUUCUUUACCAAUAACGAUGAGCCCAAUCCCUCCCAGUAAUGAACUGCUUUCAGCCUCAUCAUGAGUGCUCAUUAUUCUGGUGCUUUACACAAAGUAUUGCAGGUUGCUGUAAGGACUUUGGGUCGACAGCUUGUACAGAGUGGAGGAAAGCUGAGUUAAAUCAAGCUAACAGCGCGGGCCCUGCAGGACCCGUCUUGCUGUAGCAGCCUAAGUUAUGGAUCCUUCCAGUGCGCUCGGACAUUCUUCUUCUCACCUCGCUGGUCGCUCUUGUGCACCAGUGUGAUGCGACCCAUGUAAUAACUAUAACACUUCAGUUCAUCCUGUAAAUUGUGCUGUUUGUGCCACACGUAAUGACUUUUCCCAGCUGGUGAUUCAAUCAGGUUCACAGUUAAUGUGGUCCUUUAUGGUGUGUGCAUGCUGUGCUUCGUGUCAGGGUUUAACCGCCUCCAACAACUAAGAUGUUUCUACGAUGCUGCUGCAGUCGAUGCUCAGCAGCGUCAUACGUGCACUGAAUUAAGAGGCAGUCGGGAUUCUGAUUCUUCGGGGAAAUGUUUGAAAGUUCUUGUUGUGUCAACAUAAUCCUUUUUUUAAAAGUAAACCUUGAACUACUUCUGUCAAAUCAAUCCAAUAAAUAUCCCAAACUCUCAGAGUCAGAGGUUUGAAACUG